CCGAGCGGGACUCGGGGCGGGGCCGCAGCUCGGGAGCCGGGAGUUGGAGGAGGGCCGGGCCGGGCGCUGAGCCGCUGCGGAGCCGGCGGGAUGCAGGGUGUCCCCAGCUCUGGUCUCAGGAUGAGGAGCUUGCUGCUAGUGUCUCUGCUGCUGGCCAUGACUCCUGGCUGGGCCGCGCCCAAGGACAGCGCCAACAGGUCUGAGGGCCCUGCUGCAGGUCCUGUUCCCAAUCUUCUGCACCCUGAGCCGGAGGAGCUGCGGCUGCUGCAGCGCUACCUGCGGAGCGUCUGGCAGAUGGCACAGGACCCCGCGCACAUGACGAGGGAGCAGGUGCUCCUCUACCUCUUCGCACUGCACGACUACGACCGGAGUGGGCAGCUGGACGGGCUGGAGUUCAUGCAGCUGCUGAUGGAAGUGGUAUCCCAGCACGCCCAGGGGCAGCCUUCGCCCGACGCGGUGAUCGUGGUGGUCGAUGGGAUCCUGGAGACUCAGGACCUGAACGGGGACGGGUUACUGAAUCCCUCGGAGCUCCUGCUGCCCCCGGCCCAGGGCCAGGCUCCCCUGCCAGCCCAGACUGCCGCCCCCGCCGGGGAAGGGGUUGUGCAGUGGGCACCUGAGGAGCCGAAGCAACCUGCCACGGCCCUGGAGCUGCCAGGCGCCCAGGGUGCAGCAGACCCCGACGGGGAGCUCCCAGAGGCAGCGGGGCCCAUAGCAGAGCAGCCGGGGGCUGAGGGGCCCUUGCUGAGCUGGACGGGGCCAGAGGCAGCUCAGCCUGAAGAGGCUGCCCGGGAGGCUCCAGGGGCCCAGGCCGCGGCCCCCAAUGCUGAGAUCUAGGCCCCCAGCCUAGAUCCAUGGAGAGCUCAGGGCACUGCCAGGGCAGAUCAGAGCUGGCAUGGGGGGUGCAGGGGUGGGGGGCAGCUGUGCACAGGGAAACUGAGGUGGUGGUGGGGAACCCCCCUCCCACACACACAUUCUGGAUCUGGCUGAGUGGUGCCAGGGGAGGGGGCUGCCUCUCUCCCCACCCCUGGGGAAAGCAGCUGGGCUCAGAUGGAGAGGAGCGUGUGAGCUGCUCCUCAGGACAAUGGGCUGUGGGGAGGCAGGUACCUGACCCCUACCUGGGCUGGGGAGCCCAGGAGCCAGGCACAGCAUCCAAGCAGGGUUACCCUCGCCAGCGCUGACCUGGCCCUGCCAGAAGCUGGCUGCCUGGACUGAGGGGCACCGGGACAUGUGCAAUCAAUCAUGUAACUUACAUUUUGAAACAGAAAAAUAUACACUGAGGCCCAGGGCUGCUGCCCCCUCGCUGGCUGCACUGCACUGCA